GCGGCGGGGCGGCGAGCGAGCCGCUGGGUCCCUGGACCAUGUCCCUGUACCGCAGCGCCGCGUGGUUGGCCAAGGGGCUGCACGAAUACACCAAGAGCGGCUAUGAAUCAGCAGCUCAGCACUUUGUCCCUGAUGAUUUGGAUGUCCAAGUUCCUGGAAGAGCCUUCUUGGUCACUGGUGGGAACAGCGGCCUUGGGAAAGCAACAGCCAUGGAGAUAGCCAAGCGAGGUGGCACAGUGCACCUUGUUUGCCGAGAUCCUGCACGCUCUCAAGAUGCCAAAAAUGAGAUCAUCAGGGAGAGUGGUAACCAGAACAUCUUUCUGCACAUUGUGGAUUUAUCUGAUCCCAAGAAAAUCUGGAAGUUUGUUGAGAAUUUCAAGCAGGAGCAUAAAAUCAAUGUUCUGAUCAAUAAUGCAGGCUGCAUGGUCAAUAAAAGAGAGCUUACUGAAGAUGGACUUGAAAAAAACUUUGCUACCAACACUCUAGGUGUCUACAUUCUCACCACUGCCUUGAUCCCUGUGUUGGAGAAGGAAAAUGACCCCAGAGUGGUGACAGUCUCCUCCGGGGGGAUGCUGGUCCAGAAGCUGAACACCUGUGACCUGCAGUGGGAGCGGGCAGCCUUUAAUGGCACCAGGGUCUACGCACAGAACAAAAGGCAGCAGGUGGUUAUGACUGAACAGUGGGCCCGAGUGUACCCCACCAUCCACUUCUCAUCAAUGCAUCCUGGCUGGGCUGAUACGCCAGGUGUGAGGAAGGCAAUGCCAGGGUUCUACACCAGGUUCAAGGACAAGCUGCGCUCGGCAGCACAGGGGGCUGACACGGUGCUGUGGCUGGCACUCGCAACUGCUGCCUCCAGGCAGCCCAGCGGCCUCUUCUUCCAAGAUCGGAAACCAGUUCCCAAACAUUUACCUCUUGCUAGAACUUCAUCCUCACUGGUGGAAGAGGAGAAACUCAUGGAAAUCUUGGAAGAAAUGGCUCAGAGAUUUAAAUAGGCCAGGCCAGGGCCAACAGGGGACCAGAGCUGCCUCAGAGAACAAAGGGUGGUGUGGCCUUGUGGCCAGAGGGCAAACUCUGUACCUCCCUUCUAAAGAGGAGCAGGGAAUUCUGUCUUAAAAUAAAUUCAGCUUGAGCCACAAAAA